UCUCUUUUAUCCCAAAUACGAACAAUAAAUAUUAUAUUAAACUCUGCAAUCAACACGUGUACAUUUAACGUCUCUGUCUUUAACCAGUUUAACCGUAUGUGUUUUAUAUACGUAAGACCAGAUUUAUGUAUGUAAUUGACGGUUGAACGACUGAUCAUCGUAUCUACUAUAGGCGAAAUCCGUGUCCCUUGUAGCCGAACUUCUUUGACAGUCCCUUUGUGCGAGAGCGCGCGUCGCGUCGCAAAGUUGAAAAUAAGCAGAAGCAGCCGUUCCGGGGGAGUGCAACGAACUACAUGAUUUUCAAAAGAGGCACGAAGACUCGCAGAAGGAAUCGAUAAGGGAAAUAUUAGGGAGGAAACGGAGGAGCCACAAAAGACGCAGAAGGUCUCCAUUACCCUCGGCGAGCUCAAAGGGAGAGAGAAACUCUCAUGCCUGGGAAGCCUCGAUCCGAGCCGAAACUCUCCUCUGUAUUCAUUCGUCCUCGGAAGAAAAAAAAUCGGAACAACUGUCGGUUUAUUUGCAAAUUGGAUAUCUCGCGAUUAUGGCCGAUCGUUUAAUAUCCUUUAUGGAGGAUCGCUAUGGGAAAAAUCUCAAGACAGAUCCCAUGUCUCACAUUACUGCCUCUCCUCAAAGGAUAUUUAUUUAGUAAAUGGCGAAAUUAAGUCUCGCAGCCCUGAAAUAUUUCUCACGGGGACACAAAGUGCUUUGCAAUUCUUCUCAAUAUUUUCCCACCUGCCAGCACCUCCGCGAAAUUAAUCCCGUUACAUCCGACAUUUUCCUAUAUCCUUUUCAACCCAGCGUUCAUCUCUAUUUAAAUUAAUGACAUGCCAUUUUAUUUCAGGAUAAAAUUCUAUGAGUUUAAGCUUGACAGAUGAAUUUUGUUUGCAGAGAUCGGGCUGCAUACAUGGCGAGGACUUGCCGUAUUUUUUCGGAGCACCGUUGGUAGGCGGCAUGUCCCACUGGCCGAAGAACUACACGAAAGCCGAGAUAGCCUUGUCAGAGAGCGUGAUACUCUACCUGACGAACUUCGCACGCACCGGGAAUCCGAACAAGGGCACGCCGGACGUCGGGCUGAGACCCGAGAGAACAAAGUUCAAGAACAUCGAUUGGGUCGCCUACGAAGCGGUGCACAAGAAGUAUCUGAGCAUAGAGCUCAAGUCGAAGCUGAAGAACCACUACAGGGCGCACAGACUCUCGUUCUGGUUAAACCUAGUGCCUGACCUCCAUAAACCGGGCUCCGACGAUGUUCCUAGGUCGCAUCACCUUCUUGACACUGAACAGGUGCCACCCAGGUUCAUCCAGAGGAUACCGACGACGACCAGAAUGACCACGGCAGAAGUGACCGUCGCUGAGAGGAAGGAGAACGUGACGACGGCGAUGCCGAGCGAGCUGACCUUCGAGGAUUCCACCGUCCAGCCGGAAGACGGGUUCGCGGCUUACUCGACGGCGCUCAGCGUGACGAUAGCGAUUGGCUGCAGUCUGCUGAUCCUCAACGUGUUGAUAUUCGCCGGCGUUUAUUACCAGCGGGACAAGAGCAAUCAGCACAACUGUUCGAAGAAGAGGCAGGAGAACGGACAGAUGCCUAACAAUAUCUGCGGCGAUCUGGACACGAAGACGGCCGAGAGGCAUCAUAUUCAACAUAUACCGCCGCCGGAGUUCGCCGACCUGCAGAACAACAGUUGCCACGUGCCGAUGCCACCGCCGCCGCCGAAGAACACGAAACCGGGUAAGCCGGGGCAGAAUUUGAUCAUCAGUCCGAAUCAGUUGCAACAGGAGAGCAUGGCGAUGACUGGGACAGGUACUUUGAAGAAAGGCCACAAUCAUCAGCAACAAGUGAUGGACGAGCUGAGGGUCUGACUCCACGAGCACCUCGUCGGUGUAAAAAAACUCUUAACAGGAAGCUCGGGGGUGUCUAGACUUAUCGUCGGAACCUUCGCUUGCGGGGGGUGUCGGGGUUCGAACUGAACGUUCUGAGACAUCUCGUCGCGAGACUCUCGACGCUCCGACGGCAGCGACGAAUUGUAGUACUUUCUUCGAGGUCUGUCAGGUCACAUCGAAAACGGUUCUAACAAAUCGAUCCAUCUAUUCUUUGUAGAAGUUAUGUGUUCAAGUCGCGGCAAUUGCGAGGGACGUUAGACUGAGCCCGGUGAGUGACACGGACGAGUGACAAGUCCGGCUCGUUAUAACCCUUUUCUACUUAUUACGAGAGAGUGAGAGAGAGACGGAAGAGAAACCAUGCGACCAACUGCCGAACAAUUCGCGUAAUCUUCGACGUAGGAAAUAAACGAGACGAUUCCCCGAGACAAUUAGUUCCCGAACGUCUUUUGUAUAUCUCAACCAAAUAUUUGUUUCCGAUUCGGACGUUAUGUCGUAACAAAUUAUGGUGUAACAAAUUCAACGAGGCGAGCGAGAGGCGACGUGAUAGAAAUUUACAGAGAGGAUCCGAGUCGACCCGUUCGUACGAAAGAUUCCAGACGUCGAAGCCUCGAGCGAGACCUGUCGUCGGCGUUUCCGGCGGUCCACGUAACUUCCAUUCUUCUAUUGUUCACCUAAAUUAGUUGGAGCAUCUUCGACGAGAUAAAGAAACUGAAUUACGAAUCGAUCGCCCGAUCAUCUGCCACUGCCAUCGAAACGUAGGAACCUCGUGAUUCAAGAAGCUGGAAGUAGCGUCGAUCGGCUUAACUGCUCAAUAAAAAAUAAAAAUAAAAAAUAAGAAAGAUAACGCAGAUUCUCCUCCUUUCUUUUCUAAACGGAUUGGCGAAAGAUCGAUUGCACGAUCUUUGUCGUUAAAAACUAAUUAACAGCAUACUGCCAACUGACCGGAAGCGAACUCUUUCAGAGACGCGAGUCAAUACGAAGCGGUCAGAGAACGUUGAUCGCGUGUACAGUCGUAGCCGCGAUUCGAGCAGGGAUAAAAAAAAAAAGAAACGGAGAUUGCGCGUUUUUAGUCCGAUUUUUUAGAGCGCGACCACCACGUCAAAUGGUAGGGGGAACGGGUUCGGAGGAUUGUAAAUAAUUAAGCGAAUAAUUAAACUUAGUGGUUCAUCGGGUCGCUGAUAUCCUGGCGAAAGCUCUGCGGGCGAGGAAUCUGAUUGUAAUUGCACUUGUGUCAAGUAACGAGACGGUGUGUCAGCAUAGAAACACUGGACGUAAUUUUAAAUUUGUAUAUAAUUGACAUUACAAUAAACUGUGUAAACAAUGA